AAUUACCGGCAACUGUCAAAAUCGUCAAAUCUCUCAAAGUUUUAAAAGUUGAGUGAUCCUGUGUAAUUAUCGUUUAAAUACAAUAUAAUGGCAAACAACAAGAUAUUAUUAACCCACGGUGAACGCUUGGGUAUUAGAGACUCCGCCACCAUUCAAAAAGCUGAUGCCUUUCUUCGCACUCUCAAUUCAAAACCGUCGUCAAAAACAGUUAGCGACACCGCAAAAGUAGUCAUUUGUCUAGAUUUAGCUGCCAUGAAUUUGGGUAUCCCUUUCGACCAGGAAGUAGCUCUGAAAUUAACUAGCCUGCGAAAAACCGUAUAUCAAAACACUUUAAACAACGUCCAGAAAAUACUCAACUUGGACAAACCUAUAAGCAUCUCCGAGUUAUGCGUACAAUUUAGCUGCCCUGAAGCGAAAGAAAUGGCUUUGACUAUUUUAAAAAGCUACCAGGAAAAAGACACAAAGAUCAAAGACAUCGAACAUCCGCAGUACGCUGCAGCAGCCGUGUACACAAGUUGCAAGCUCAAUGGAAUUAAAAUAGACAAGACCAGCUUAAAAUUGGUAAGUCGGCUUAAAGUAGCUGAAUGGAACGAACUAGUCGACGAGUUUAGUAAAUUUGCGGCUGCUGUGGGGUUGUCUGGCACGAAAAAACGCAACAUCAAGAAGAGUGCAGUCACGGAAGACAAGAUAGAGGAGAAAGAUAUAUACGCAACGACGAAAGCGAAGGACAAAGAGGAGGUCGCUGAAGAGUACGAAGUGUGGCGAGAGAGGAUCUUGAGGGAAGCGUCCGAGGAAAUAUUACAAAGAGAAAUGAACGAAUGAUUACUUUUUACUGCAUGUUUUUUUAAUGAAAUUUAAUAAAUAAGAUUAAAAUGUAACAUUAACAACAUACAAUAAACUACUACUAGAAAUGCA